UAUGAAUAUUCAAGCCUUAAUGUAAUAAUUAGGAGGAGGAUAAGGAAAUGUCUCUCCUGACGCUUCCACUCCUGAUACUGCAGAAUAAGUUACAAUCAGUGCAUUAGCCUUAAUUAAAAUGCUUAAAGUAUUAAUACAUGUAAUUAUUUGAUAGCAUGCUCGAGCAGGCAUACCAUUUGAAGUCAUGGGUCUACUCUUAGGUGAAAUAGUAGAUGAUUACCAUAUCAGAGUAUAUGAUGUUUUCUCAAUGCCUUAAACUGCAAGUAGUGUUUCAGUUGAAUCUGUGGAUCCUAUUUUCUAAUAAAAAAUGGUUGAAUUACUCAAUUUAACAGGGAGAAUGGAAAAUUGUAUUGGAUGGUAUCAUUCACAUCCAUCUUAUGGUUGUUGGUUAUCAAGUGGUAUAUAUUGAUAUUUAAUUAUUUACAAGUCGAUAUCAAUACCUAAUAAUCAUAUGAAUAGUUAAAUAAGAAAUCAAUUGCUGUUGUUAUUGAUCCAAUUCAAUCUGUAAGAGGCAAAGUUGUAAUUGAUGCAUUUAGAUUGAUUCCCUAAUAAAGUAUGAUUACUCAAUAAGAACCACGACAAACAACAUCAAAUUGUGGUCAUCUUUAAAAACCUGGAUUAGAAGCCUUAUUGAGAGGACUUAAUAGAUACUAUUAUUCUAUCAAUAUUAAAUUUAAAUGCAAUGAUUUAGAAUAGAAGAUGCUUCAAAAUUUAUAUAAAAACAGUUGGACUGAAGGAUUGAAGUAAUUGAUUUAAAUAUAUAUAUAUUUAGAUGUAAUUCUUCUAUAGAGAAUAGCAAUAAAAAUGAAUAAUGUGUUGAAGAAAUGUCAAAAUUGGCAUUAGAAUAUCAAAAAUUGAUUGGUAAUUAUAAUUUUAAUUAAUUUUUAGAUGAUGAAUCAAAAAAAGGAGAAUAGGAAACUAAAAUUAAGAAUACAGGAAAGAAGGAUCCUAAAAAACAUUUAGGAUUAAGAGUUGAUGAAUUAUUAGAUGAAAAUCUUAAUGCCAUAUUAGGAAGGAUGAUGGCUACUAAAGCAUUUUGA